AUGGAGCUACACACAGUUCUUGUGAUGUUGAGCCUCCUGCUGCUGUUGGAAGCUCAGAACCCAGAACAUGCCAACAUCAACAUAGGCAAACCUAUUAUCAACAAUGAGACCCUGAGCUGGCUCUCUGACAAAUGGUUUUUCAUUGGUGCGGCUGUCCUAAACCCUGAUUACCGGCAGGAAAUUCAAAAGAUGCAGAUGGUAUUUUUUAACAUUACCCCCAACUUGAUAAAUGACACGAUGGAGCUUCGAGAGUAUCACACCAUAGAUGACCACUGUGUCUAUAACUCUACACAUCUAGGAAUCCAGAGAGAGAAUGGGACCCUCUCCAAGUAUGUAGGAGGAGUAAAAAUCUUUGCAGACCUGAUAGUGCUGAGGAAACAUGGGGCCUUCAUGCUUGCCUUUGACCUGAAGGAUGAGAAGAAACGGGGACUGUCCCUCAAUGCCAAAAGGCCAGAUAUCACCCCGGAGCUGCGGGAAGUAUUCCAGAAGGCUGUCAAACACGUGGGCAUGGAUGAAUCAGAAAUCAUAUUUGUCGACUGGAAAAAGGAUAAGUGUGGUCAGCAGGAGAAGAAGCAGCUUGAGCUGGAGAAGGAGACCAAGAAAGAUCCUGAGGAAGGCCAGGCAUGAACUCAGCUCUCUGAACUCCAUGGGCUGUCCCCAGGCUCACCAAACCCCACCCCCUCCUGUGCACUUUGAUUCUGUCUCUGCAACAAUAAAGGUUUGCUGACACAGUCAA